CUGCCUACACGCGUGAUCAAUGUUGGCCAGGACGAAUCGGCCGUGUUUCUGUGGGAGACAGAGGGCAAAUCAGGCAAGUAUGCAGCACUGAGCUACUGCUGGGGUGACAGCAGGGCCAUUCUCAAGACUACUCGAGAGAAUUUGGGAUCCAACAAGGCCAGCAUCGAGCUUUCUUUGCUUCCGCAGACAGUGCGGGAUGCCGUGGAAAUCACUAGGCGGUUGAAUAUACCGUACCUAUGGGUCGACGCCCUUUGUAUCAUUCAAAGGGACGAGGAGGAUUGGGCACGCGAGUCGGGAAACAUGUGCAAUUGUUACUCCAACGCGUAUCUAACCAUAUCCGCUUCGCGCUCUUCUGAAGCUUCCGAAGGCUGCUUCGGCAUGCAGAAUCUAUGGGGCGGGCCACCCCACGAAUUCAAUUACAUGGGCGAAUCUGUCUACACACGAGUCGCAAAGAAAAACACGUACUUCCACCAAGAGCCGGAACAUCUUUCCGAUACAAGCACAGAACCCAUCAACUCUCGGGCGUGGACGUUGCAGGAGACGCUAUUGUCUAAUCGCACUGUAUUCUACACAUCCAAAGAGCUCGUUUGGGAGUGC